GCGACUAAAGCAAAGGCUCCCGACAUGCUGAAGGCGACAAGCACCGUCGCACAACAGCUUGAGAAAACGGGGAUAUGGAAACGCAGGGGCGGCAGAAAGGCGAGUAAUGCCCCGAAAGCGAUAGAGCCUCACAGAGUAAACAUUGUAAGCGAAGGGCUUUGCGACGAUAUCAUCGAGUAUUUAGGCACAUCAUUAGAGCGCCAUAGAGGAUGUGACUUGAUCGAUUUAAAUCCUGGUACAGGAGUGUGGAGCCGCAAACUUCAUGACUUUUUGGAGCCUCGCAAUCACAUCAUGAUGGAUCUUGACGCCGAAUUGUACAGCCCAUUUCUCAAGGAUCUCACUUCUAAAGAGAAUGUGCAGCUUCUUCCAAAAUCGGGAAUCGUAUGGAAGAACCUGUUUGAGAUGAUCCAGACAAAGCUCUCUCACCAAGAAGCGCUCUCCAAUGGGGAAGGAGAGCCAAGACGCAACGACACGCUGCUGGUUACAGCCAACUUAUCCAGCUACCCGAAGAAAGCAUUCCUUGGAUUCGAUAGCAUUAGCACAAUGGUCAUGUAUCAGUUCAUGUCUAGCAUCAAGUCCUCUUCCCUAUUCCAGAAAUAUGGGUUGGUCCGCAUGCUCCUGUGGGUGAAUGACGAUGAGAAGCGCCGGCUCAUUCCCAAGUCACUGAAUCGCCGUAAGCGAGGCUCAUUUGAAGCUGAGCUUGCGUGUGAAUGGAUUCAUGAGGUGGCGGGACAAGAACUGGAAGCUGAAAACCGUCAUGCGCUGCGCGACGAUUGGAUAAACAAGGAGUCCGCCCUUAAUACACUGGCGAGGAUGGAAGCACUGGGCCUCAUGGUACCCAAAGGACGAGAGGUAAAGAUGUAUAAGGAUUCACUCAAAUCGAAGCAUCUCAUAGGCAAAAAAUUGGCCGGCGUUAACGUGCCCGAUGUCCCGCGGCCUUUCAAGAAGGAGCUGGAGGACCUCGAGCACGAAUUUGAAGAGGAACAUGUGGAGUUACCGAGUCGGCUAAAGACUCUUCGGAGUAGAGAAAAGUAUGAGGCCAAUCACUCCAACAAGUUCCUAGAAUUACUUCAGGAGUACGAGAGGAUAUCAACCAUGGGUAUGGAAAAUGCGAGCGCGUUGGAAGAAGCCAACGAAGCCUGGAACGAAAAGAUUGACAACCUGAAGAAGAAUCAGCGUAUGGAGCUCAACGUUCUGAGAGACAGUUAUCAUCUGUUUCGCCAAAGCCCCCCAGCUUUGCUCUGGGAUCGGCGAGAAUAUGAGCCGCUCAGAGCCAUGCCAGACGAAUUCUUCCCGAAUUCGCCGACGGCCCUUCUGGAUAUACAGCCCAAGGCCAUGCAUCCACUGCUCCGACAGAUUGGCCCCAAUAGCAACCACGCAGGCGACAUAUCAGACAUUAUGCUGCGGUCCUGGUGGAGCAUGACUCUCCAACCGGUAGACAAGGCGAUGGAAAGCCUAUGGCCCGGUUUCAGCGAUCUAUUUUCAGAGGUGCCGAGUUUGAGAGAUGCCUCACGGGGAGGAGUACCAAUGACGGGGCAUGGAGCGCUAAGUGCAAGAGCCAUCAACGAGGGGCAGUGGACUGAGCUGUUGGAGGUGUGGAUGAGAUGGCCAUUCCGACCGACAUAUGGGCAGAUGCUGGGCAGGAUGACAGAUGAAGAUGGAGACGCAGAGGAUGAAGAUGUGAGAUCUGGCGGU